ACAAACAGAUGUAGCUCUUUUUUUCAUUUUUGAAGUUUUUAACCUGUUUCAUGAAUGAGUAGAAGAGGAGACAUGGGUAAUUGUGCGUUGGUUCACAGCAGCACAGACCCGGGUAUGACACUUGGAGUCCAGAUUGAAUCACCCAAUCUGGAAAUGAUGGUCGAGGUAGAAAAGCCAGUUGCUGAACUGGGUUUGGAGAAUCAGAGGGGAGAAGACAGUUUUCGAGAGUUGGGUAAAGCCGAUUUCUUUUUUGAUUCACAGCUCUGCUUAGAUUCUGAUUGUGAAGGUUUCUUCAGUGUCAAUGGGGAUCCUACCCCUUCUCAAGAUAACACUCCCAUGCGUCCUAAAAGGUCCAUAGAAAAUUCUGUACCUGACAAAGCUCCUGGAGUGGAUGAUGAACCUUCACCAAAUGAUAUGAAAAAACAACUAAUUGAGCUCUUUUGUGAAAGCUUCAACAGUAUUGCCUCUGUGAAUGUUGAUCAAAAUUUAGCUCUGCUCAUCGUUUGCAGCUCUAAACUUGCCAGUAUUAGAAGGAAGCCUAAGUCAAGAAUCAUUUGUUCUGUGGUAAAGUCGAUUUCUAUUUUGAUUCAUAUGCUUGCUGAGAUUCUGAUUGUGAAGAUUACUUCAGGGUCAAUGGGGAUUUUUCACAUAGAUCCUACCCCUUCUCAAGAUAACACUCCCAUGCGUCCUGAAAGGUUCAUAGAAAAUUCUGUACAUGACAAAGUUCGUGGUGUGGAUGAUGAACCUUCACCAAAUGAUAUGAAAAAACAACUAAUUGAGCUCUUUUGUGAGGGCUUCAACAGUACUGCCUCUAUGAAUGUUGAUCAAAAUUUAGGUCAGCCAGAAGACAAACUUGCAAACCUUGCCCAACCUGAAAGAUCUACCAUGAAAAGCUUAGCUGCAUCAAUACCAAACUCCACACCUAGUGGUGAAAUAACUCCAUAUAGAGGAUCCAUACCCAAAAAUGAGAAAUCAAACCAGUCUACACAAUGCUGCCUUCCAGGUUUGGUGUGAAGCCUGAGCUUUGGUGAGAGAAAGCGGUUGAACCCUCGCAAAACUAAUGGUUUGUAAGCCAAAUGUUUAUGUUGUAUGAAUCCUUUUAGAAUUUCACACUUCAGAAUUACCAUUUUGGUAAGAAAGCCAAAAUCUCAAU